UGGCGCAAAUUGUCGGAAAGUCUUAAGGAAUUCAUAAGCAAAUUUAAAAUCUAAAUAAAUAAAUUUAAGAAAAUGAAACUCAUGUGUGAAAUUUGUAUUCUGAAUAGAAGUUCUAAUGGAAUAAAAGGUCGUUCUAUCAAAUCGAGUCUUUCAAUUGGACAAAAGAAUGAAAAUUCUAAAAUUAUUUUCAUAAUAAUAAAUAGAAAUAACAAAGCAGGGUUGAAGUACGAUGUUUCAGAUAAUAUCAAAGGAGUUUUCAAUAAAUAUCUCUCGGAUGGUAAAUGCACAAUUCAAUUGAAGUCUCCAGAAAUCGACCUCCAAAUAAAAGCAGAUUCCAACCAAUUGAAAGCUUUUUUGAAAUUUCUGAAUUUAAAGAUUUGCCCUGAAGCAGUAAAAACUGAGUUAGUUAAACAUGAGAAAGAUUUAAAGAGAGCUUUUGGAUCUACGAAUGGAAUAUUGGCUGAAAAAGUUACCAAAUUGGUCAUUAAAUCAAGAUUAGAAUUCUCUAAAAAAAGUUUACAACGAACAAUUAAAGAACUCGUCAUAAAUGAGGUUGGAUUUGCACAGAUGCCUCCUGGAAUUUUAAAUUUGACCAAUUUGACGAUUCUUGAUCUCACCAAAAAUCAAAUUGAAAAGUUUCCUAAAACUUUCGAAAACCUAAGAAUUACAAAACUUGCCUUAAAUGAAAAUGAUUUGGGAGUUUCAAUUCAACUUGUGAGCUUGGACUGGUUAAAUGGAUCAAAUUUGUCGAAUGCUUUAGAAAUGAUUUCAUUAUCGAAAAACAAUCUAAAAAUAUUUCCUAUGAGCUUAUUAAAAUGUUUGAAACUUCGUCAUCUCGAUCUCAGUUUCAACAACAUUGAACGAAUACCUUUCGCUAUAAGACAAAUGAAAUAUUUGAAAAAUUUUGAUCUUUCAAAUAACAAGCUCCAUUCUUUACCAUCUACAAUUACCAAGUUGAGAUUCGAUAUUAUUGAUGUAAGUGGCAAUAACUUUAAAAUUUGCAAAAGUGAUUUCCAAGAAGGUUACAACAAUCAGCAUAGGAAUCAACUUAUUCAUUGGAUUAAACAUUAUUCAACACCAACACUUUUCGAGAUAUCUGCAAGAACUAUCAUUAAACACAAUAUUCGAUUAACAGAUCAAAAUGUUCCAGCUAUAAUAAGUGACGUUUUGAUGUAUUCUCCUCUAUGUGCCAAUUCAAAUUGUGAAGCACUUUGUAUAAAUUCAAAAAUAUUGUUCAAAAUCGGUCUUACUGAAAUUAAUAGCAAGGAAAUUGUGAGCAGUGAUAAUGCGAAAAAGUUCGUUGUUGAUGGUUGUCACUGCAGUAAAAGUUGUUAUAAACAAAUGUUUCGAAAACUUUUAUUCGCAUUUAGAGAUUUGUAACGAUUUUAAAAAUAUUAAAAUAGCUCAAAUUGUCACAUGUUACAUGAUUUGUUGAUCGUUCCCGCAUGCUUGGCCAAAUAGUGUGGAACAUCAUUCCAAAGUUAUCAAUUAAAAAAUAAAAUUGCAUGCGAUAAAUCAUCAAAGGAAUUUUGUUUUAAUUAAAAUUUACUAUUUAAAGUGCUAAAAUGAGCGGAAUAAACGUUGCUGUUGAUAAAUUAGGGGAUAAAAUUAACCUCAUCACAAGAAAUCUUCAGGAAAUUUUAGGUGAAGAAAAUCUCAAAAAAAUUGUGCAAGAACGAAGUUUAAAAGUUUAUUGGGGAACGGCUACAACUGGAAAGCCACACAUAGCAUAUUUUGUGCCUAUGAUAAAAAUUGCUGACUUCCUUAAAGCGGGAUGUGAAGUCACAAUUUUAUUCGCCGACCUUCAUGCUUAUCUUGAUAACAUGAAAGCUCCAUGGGUGCUACUUGAGCAAAGAACAAAAUAUUAUGAAGCGGUCAUUAAGGCGAUGCUCAAAAGCAUUGAUGUCCCUUUAGAGAACUUAAAGUUCGUUCAAGGUACCAGUUAUCAACUAUCUCGUGAAUAUACAUUGGAUAUGUAUAGACUUUCAUCAACGGUUACUCAACAUGAUGCUAAAAAAGCUGGAGCUGAAGUAGUUAAGCAAGUAGAAUAUCCAUUACUAUCGGGAUUGUUAUAUCCUGGUCUUCAAGCUUUGGAUGAAGAAUAUCUUAAAGUUGAUGCUCAAUUUGGUGGAGUCGAUCAGAGAAAAAUCUUCACUUUUGCUGAAAAAUAUUUGCCACAGCUUGGAUAUACAAAAAGAAUCCAUUUAAUGAAUCCGAUGGUCCCUGGACUUGCCGGUGGAAAAAUGUCGUCAUCUGAAGAAGACUCAAAAAUAGAUUUGCUUGAUUCGCCGGCAGCAGUGAAAAGAAAAAUCAAGCGAGCUUUUUGUGAAGUUGGAAAUAUAUCUGACAAUGGUUUGUUGUCAUUUGUGAAGCAUGUUUUGUUCUCAAUUUUUAAGGAGGGACAAGGUUUUGAAGUUAUGAGAAAAACUGAAAACGGAGGAAAUGUCACUUAUAAUAAAUAUGAUGACUUAGAGACAGCAUUCGCAAAACAAGAACUUCAUCCAGGAGACCUUAAAGCUUCCGUAGAAAAUUAUAUCAAUAAACUUCUAGAGCCAAUACGGAAAGCUUUUGAUGAUGACUUUCAUCGGAAAUUGUCUGAGACAGCAUAUCCUUCAAAAGCGCCAUCUUUGCAGAAAACAGAUGAAAACAGUCCUGACAAAAUGAAUUUAAAAAUUGGAAACAUUACUAACGCUUCUAAACAUCCUGAUGCUGAUGCUCUUUGCAUCUUAGAAGUUAAUGUUGGAGAAGAAAAGAAUAGAUCUAUUGUUAGUAACUUGUCGACCUAUUACAAGUUUGAAGAACUGACUGGAAUGAAUGUUGUCGUUCUAACUAACAUGAAGUCUUCAAAAUUAAGAGGUGUUGAAAGUGAAGGACUUGUUCUUUGUGCUUAUAAUGACAAAUCGUUUGAUCCAUUGCAACCACCAGUGGGAUCUACAAUUGGUGACUCAAUAUUUAUUGAGGGCUUCAAUAAUUCUUCAUCUGAAGUUCCUCAAUUAAACCCGAAGAAGAAAGUUUGGGAUAAGAUUCAAAGUGAACUCAAAACAAAUUCUGAUGGAGAAGUUGUUUGGAAAGAAUUUUGCAUGUUGAACAAUGAUGGCAAACGUAUAAAAAGUAAACUCAUCAACUGCAACGUGAAAUGAUUCAACAGUUUAAUCGAAGUUUCAACUCACUCCAUUGCUGUUUCAAUACUUUUUCAAGAUGUUUAAUUAAAUUAUUUUCAUAUUCUUCGAUUUCAUUGACUUAAAAAAUAUUUUAAUUUCGAAAAUUUUCUUUUUCGAAAAGCGCUUCUUUUUAAAGGGAAUUAUAUUCUUCAACUUGUAUGAGAGUCAAAUGAAGAGCAAAUAAAUUUUUUUUUGUUAAAAGUUA